CAAGAAAAUUCUCAAGAAACUACACACAUAAUAUUAGAGUGUAUGUACUCUUUACCCUUUGGAAAAUUUCCUAGAAAAUUCUAACACAAAUACUAAAACUAAUAAAGAGUCCUCACCCAAAAAUUUCCUUCCGUUUACUAAAUUUGAACAUUUGUUCUGUCCUCUCUCUCUCUCUCUCUCCUCUGACUCUUUCUCAAUCUUCCUGUUUUCUUCCCUUGGGUUUUUCACAACCGACUCUUCUUCUGUGUAUUGUACACUUUGUAUUGUAUCCAUUAAUAUAAAGGAAAAUAAUUCCUUUCUUUUCCCCUUCACCUCAAGAUCCAUACAUAUACACAUACAUACACACAUACAUACAUCACAUCUAUACAUAUUACAUAUACAUAAUACAAUAUCUUUUUUGUUGUUGGUAUAUAUAGAAGGAUAAAGAUUGGAUUUUGGGAAGUGGGUGUGUUGUAUUUUAAUGUUUUGACAAUUCUUGAAAAUGGAUCUGAGGAGAAAAGGGUGUUUGAUAUUGCUUUUGGUUUUGGUUUUGGUGGUGAAUAUAGUAAAGGGAGAUAAUAAUGUAGUGUUUAAUGUGAAGCAUAAAUAUGGUGGGCGUGGAGGUUCAGUCUUGAAUGAACUCAAAGCACAUGAUAGUCGCCGCCAUGGCAGAAUGCUUGCCGCCGUUGACUUCCAAUUGGGUGGCAAUGGUCAACCCACUGAUGCUGCGCUCUAUUACACUAAACUUACAAUCGGGACUCCUCCAAAGGACUAUCAUGUCCAAGUAGAUACUGGAAGUGAUAUCUUAUGGGUGAAUUGUGCUGGCUGUAGGAGAUGUCCUUCAAAAAGCAGUCUUGGGAUAGACUUGACGCUAUAUGACUUGAAAGCCUCAGCAUCUGGGAAAACCGUUAGUUGCGACCAAGACUUUUGCACUGAUAUGUUUAAUGCUCCCUACUCAGAUUGCAGAGUGGGAGCACCCUGUGAAUAUCAGGUUACUUACGGGGACGGCAGCUCAACUUCUGGAUACUUUGUAAAGGAUUACAUUCAUUUUGAUCAAGUGUCUGGAAAUCUUAAAACCACAUCAAUGAAUGGGUCAAUAGCAUUUGGGUGCUCAUCUAGUCAAUCAGGAGAGCUAGGUUCAUCUACUCAAGCAGUUGAUGGAAUAAUUGGUUUUGGGCAAGCAAACUCAUCCCUUAUUUCGCAGCUAGCUGUAUCUGGAAAGGUGAAAAAAGUAUUUGCACAUUGCCUGGACGGCAGUAAUGGUGGUGGCAUAUUUGCCAUUGGACAAGUAGUUCAGCCGAAAGUAAAGUCAACACCACUAGUCCCAAAUGAGCCACAUUACAAUGUUGUCAUGAAGGGAAUUGAGGUUAAUGGUAAAGCUCUUGACAUUCCUACGACUAUCUUUGACGCGGGAUCCAACAGAGGAACAAUAAUUGACAGCGGUACAACCUUAGCAUAUCUUCCUAACAAGGUCUAUAAUGCUCUUAUGGACAAGUUGAUGGUUAAGCAACCAGAUCUGCCAACUCAUCUUGUUGAGGGGAGCUUCCACUGCUUUUACUACAGGGGAAAGGUUGAUGAUGGUUUCCCAGUUGUAACCUUUCAGUUUGCUAGUUCUCUGUCUUUGACAGUUUAUCCGCAUGAUUAUCUUUUCCAAGUUAAUGACAAUGAAUGGUGUAUCGGUUGGCAGGACAGUGGAAUGCAGACAAAGGAUGGAAAGGAAAUAACUCUGUUAGGAGAUCUUGUGCUAUCCAACAAGCUUGUUCUGUAUGAUCUUGAAAAUCAGAGUAUUGGCUGGACUGAAUAUAACUGCUCUUCGAGCAUCAGAAUCAGAGAUGAAACUUCUGGAAAAGAUUAUACCAUAGGUGCUCACAAUAUUUCAUCAGCUUCGACUUGCAAUUCAAGAAUGGUUUUUGCGUUCUUCGUAUUAAUCAUCUCCAUCCUAUGCAAUCUUUGAGAUAUACCAGAAACAACUGUACAGGGAGUCAUUGUUGUGCCAUAACAUCCGGUGAUUUGAUGAUUCAUUGGAAUUACAAGUCCUCUUCUUAUACCUUCAACAUGAUUCUUUGACAUUACACAAAUACGGACAACACUGGUUUGAUGAAACCGACAUUCUGCAGUUCCACUUCUGUUCUAACACAUAGAGAUCAUCCUCAUAGAUGAUGGUCUAAAUAGUUUUUUUUUUCUUCUCAUUCUGUUUCAUUUUAUUUUAUUUUCACUGCCUUUUCUCUUGGGACAUGUGAUAGAAAAUACAAACAGUGAAUAGAUGCAAGCAAAUGCUUGGAUAGGAUAGUCCCUUUUUUCUUUCUUUUGAAGUUAUUCAUUAGUUUGUUUCAAUUUAAUGGUGAGGUAAUUCCAGCUUUUGUGAGAAUGUCAUGUUGGUGUUUGCUCCUUUUUGAGUUUUUGGUGUAUUUCCUAAUUUAUGAGUGUCAGAUAAGAAUUGUUGUACUUGUAGCUUUUCUGACAAUGUGCAUGUUAAUGAUAUUUAUAUAAUGAUCAGUCACCACCUAUUGGCAGUUA